AUGUUCUAUUUCCAGCUGGUGAUUAUGGCCGGGACGGUUCUUCUGGCGUACUACUUUGAGUAUACGGACACAUUCCCUGUGCACAUCCAAGGAUUCUUCUGUUUUGAUAAGGCAUUCUCAAAGCCCUACCCGGGUCCAGAGGAAAAUAGCAAGGCUCCACCGGUGUUGGUGUAUUCGCUGGUCACUGCCAUCCCCACCGUCACGAUUUUACUGGGAGAACUGGUGUCCUUCUUCACUAAGUCUGAGGCAUUGCAGGAAAAAACGAUUGUCACCGCUGACUGUUGCUACUUCAACCCGUUGUUACGCCGCAUUGUUCGCUUCCUCGGAGUUUAUUCAUUUGGUCUCUUCACUACAACGAUCUUUGCCAAUGCCGGGCAAGUGGUGACAGGAAACCAGACACCUCACUUCCUGUCUGCCUGCAGACCAAACUACACUGCUUUGGGUUGUCAGUCAUCCAUGCAGUACAUCACUGAGCGACGAGCAUGCACUGGGAACCCGUUCCUUAUCGCCUCUGCACGCAAGUCUUUCCCCUCCAAAGACGCAGCUCUCAGUGUCUAUGCAGCCAUCUACACAGUGAUGUAUGUGACACUGGCACUUCGGACAAAGGGUACACGGUUGAUCAAGCCCACGCUGUGUCUUACCCUGCUCUCAUUGGCUGCCCUGGUGGGCGUGGUGCGUGUGGCAGAAUAUCGCAAUCACUGGUCAGACGUGUUAGCUGGCUACCUAACAGGAGGCUCCAUCUCUGCUUUUCUGGUCACAUGUGUUAUCAACAACUUUCAGCAGACCCAGUCAGCCCCCCCACCGAUACACCCCCCCCGGCGCCCUGAACCUCCUCUGAGUGUGCCCAUGGUGGCCAUGCCAUGUGUGGAGAGUCCACUUGAAAAGUUAAGUGGCCCUCAGGUGCUCCAUACACCGGGAUCACAUGACCAUCAGCCAUACCUGUACCCCGCCCCUCCCGAUGUCCUCAUCCACUCUCGGCGCUCCAUCUCCAGCGCAGUCUAG